AUGCAGGCAUCUGGCAGAUAUUUAGCUGUUACUCCUACUGAUUCAGCAUGGCUUGAUAAAGGAAAUUCUGAAGCAACUUUAUUUAGGCUUGUUCCUUCUCAUCAAGAAAAGGGAUGGGGUGAUGAUUUGGCAAUUAAUGACAGUAUUAAACUAGAAAGCAUCAAUUACAAAGGCUAUAAAGUACAAUGCAUUAAUUAUCCUCUUGAAACCAGCUAUCAUUUAGUCUUAUCUGUGACAGGCUCCAUAUUUUCUAUAAAGCCACACUGUUACAAACGUUCCACUCUAAAUCCACAGUAUAUACUGGGUGGUAAUGUUAUUAUGCUUUCCAGUCUAAAAAUUGAUGGCUAUGUCUCAGUAAAAGGCUCAUUUGUCAAUGAUAAGCUUCCUGAUGAGUUUAAAUGGUCUCACAAUGAAGUUGGAUUGCGGCGAUGGCGUCAAGGAUUUUUUAAAGUUUUGCCUUUUUCUGGUAACACUUUCUUUCAGCUUGAGAAGACAACUCAUAUAUGGACAGGAAAUCCUUUUGUGUUUGGUGAGGAAUGUAGAAUUAAGCAUUUGCCAACACAGCAGUACAUCAGUGUUAAAGAUACUUCAGAUGGAUUGAAAGUUUGCUUAAUUCAACAAUUAUAA